UCUCAAUUCAGUAACAGGGGCACGAUGGCUGCGGACAGUGCGCUGCUGCUGUCUCUGGUGGAGGAGUAUGUCUCUGGACUGCAGGACAGCAAAGCCAAAGAUACAGCAACAGCUGUCAAAAAUGGAGAGUUUACAGUUCUGCAGCUGGUGGAGGCACUGGGACUGAGUCUGACCAGCUCUCAGCCUCACACUCGAGCCAGAGGAGUCCAGCUUCUCUCCGAAGUUUUACACGAGUGCUAUGGAGGUCUUACAGAGAAAGAAGUGGAAGUGCUCCUUGUCUUCUAUGAAAACCGUCUGAAGGACCAUCACGUCAUCACUCCUCCGGUUUUACAGGGGCUCAGAGCGCUGACAAAGUGUACGGUGCUGCCUCCUGGCUCAGCAGUGUCCAUGCUGAGGUCUUUGUUCCAGGAUGUUCACGUUCAGUCUUUAAUGCUGACGGAGAGAGCCUGCGUCUACAACAUGCUCAUCAACCUCAUGGCGAUCAGAGAAGCAGAACUGAAGGGCUUGGGACCAGACUUUGUGUUUGGUUUUGUCCAAUCAAUGGACGGAGAGAGGGAUCCUCGUAACCUGCUGUUAGCGUUCCAGAUCGCCAAAGGCAUCGUCCUGCGAGGUUAUGAUCUAGGUAAAUUCACAGAGGAGCUGUUCGAGGUGACGUCCUGCUACUUCCCCAUCGACUUCAGCCCCCCUCCCAACGACCCCCACGGCAUCACCAGAGAGGAGCUGAUCCUCACGCUGAGGGACGUCCUCGCCGGGACACCAAGAUUUGCAGAGUUUCUGUUGCCUCUCAUCAUUGAGAAGCUGGACUCAGAUGUUCAGAGCGCGAAGCUGGACUCGCUGCAGACUCUGACUGCUUGUGUGUCCCAAUACGAACACAAGGACCUGGCAGAAUUCCUCGAGGGACUGUGGGCGUCACUGCGCAGAGAGGUGUUUCAGACAUCAAGUGAAAAGAUCGAGUCUGCCGGCCUCGCAGCGAUCACCGCGAUCACUUCCUGUCUGUCUCGCUCCGUACUCAACUCCGACUCUGAAGACUCCCUCAACACCUUCCUGGAGCUCGUUCUCAAAGACUGUAAGCACCACCUGUGUGAGCCGGACCUGAAGCUGGUCUGGCCGAGUGCUAAACUCCUCCAGGCCGCCUGCAGCGCCUCCUUCAGGGCGAGCUGCAUCAUCACAGCCGCCAUCAUGCCCUCCCUCAUCGAGCAGUACACCAACAGAGCUCAGUGUUCCCAGAGACGCACGUUACUGGAGGUGGUGCAGAAAUUCAUCCAGUCAGUGAAAACCUGCCAGACUUCAGAGAGCGAGGACAGUGUGUUUGUAGCUUUCCGGCCCUCUCUGUGCAGCAUGGUGUUCUCCGCUCUGACGGAGACUAACUCCAGUCUGCAGGUCACAGCCUGCUCUGUGCUCACAUCUCUGGCUCAACAACCAGGUCUGCUGCUGGACUCUGACAUCGAGCUGGCUGUGGAUCACCUGACCAGACUGCUGCUGACGGAGCAGGACCACACAGUGAGUGUCGCUGUGGUGGAUUGUGCCGGAGCUUUAGCAGAGUUACACCCUGCAGCAUUCAUCAGUAACUUCAUCCCAAGACUAAAGGCGGAGAUGUUUUCCGAGCCCAUGGAUCAGGACAACAACAGAGCAGAAUCUGAGCAGCUUUCCCAUCAUGCAGUGCGGCAGCGGUGUCUCUCCGCUCUGGCUGCAGUGUCCAUAAAGCCCAGCGUCGUCCAGGAGAGCACACCUGUCCUGCUGCAGGUCCUCAGCGCUGCUCACACAGGUGGUUUCUCGGUGGAGGAGGUGGUGUUGGCGUGCCGGAGCCUUCAGAGGAUAGCGGAGCAGGUUCCGGACUCGGAGGAGACGGGGCGCUGCUUCCAUGAUGUCAUCAUCCCGCGCCUGCUGUCUCUGGCUCUACAGGCGGCGCUGCAGGGUGAGGAUGGUAAUCGUAGUCCUCUCCUGGAGGAGGCGGUCCUCUCCUCCAUGGUGCCCAUCAUCAGCGCUUCCUGCUCCCGGCUGCAGCCCACGUUGGCGCUGCAGACGGCAUCGAGAGCCGUGUCUCUGUUCCUCGAUGGAGACGUUUCAUUUCUGCCCGACAACUCCUUCCCUUCAAACAUCCAGCUGCUCAAGCAGCAGCACUCGUGGACUCAGUCUCAGAUGGUGUGUCUGCUCGUGGGAUGUGUGUGUUCGUUACCUCGCAGCGUGGAGGUUCCUCGGGUGGAUGAGCUUCUGUCAGCUCUGGAGGAGAUGAGCUGCUCCGUCCUCCACCCGCUCUCCUACACCUCGGCUGCUAAAUGCCUUUCUGGUCUGCUGAACAAGAAACCACAGGGUGAUUCUCUGGACAGCAGGAUUCACAGCACGAUGAAGAGGGUCUGCAGUGAGCUGGACUCUUCGUCUUCAUCAGUUCACACUCAGGCCUUCACCCUCAUGAUCUGGGUUGCCAAGGCUCUACUUCUCCGAUACCACCCUCUGUUCACCACACUGACUGACAAGCUCUUCUCUCUGCUCGAUGACGCCGCUCUCGGUCCUCUGGCGGCCGACGGUUUCUCGCUGCUGAUGAGCGACUCGCCUGAUAUCUUGAACCGCGGUUGCCACGCCGACGUUCGCAUCAUGUACCGCCAGCGCUUCUUCAGCGAGAAUUCAGCCAAAUUAGUCCAAGGUUUCAACGCUGCGCCGCAAGAGAAGAAGCCUAACUUCCUGAAGGCUCUGUCUAACAUCGUCAACAAGCUGCCAAAGCAAGUCCAGCUCACUGAGCUCCCAGCGCUGCUGUCCCUGCUGCUGGAGGCUCUCUCCUGUCCUGAUCUGGGGGUCCAGCUCUCCACGCUGUCCUGCCUGCAGCCCGUCCUCGUGGACCCGCCCCCCUCCCUCAUCCAGCAGCUGGAGGCUCUGAUUGGCCGCCUGCUGGCCCUCACCGGCAGCCCCGACAUGGAAGUAAGGAUCUCCUCACUGCGGUGCAUCCACGCUGUUUCCCAGUUCCCUGAACAUGAGAUCCUGCCGGUUCGAGCCCGGGUUCUGCGAGCUCUCGCCCGCCCGCUGGACGACAGGAAGCGGCUCGUGAGGAGAGAGGCGGUGCACGCACGAAACGACUGGUUCCUGGUUGGAAGUUGAUUCUGCUCCUCAAACACAUCCAAGUCUCCUUCUUCCCUAAACCUGGGAGAAUUCAGAUAAAGUGGGAAAUCAGAUCACACACUCUUCGUGAACUGUCUUUGGUCCUUCCAGACUCCCUCUCUCCUCUCUCCUUUUUUACUGAGAUGUUUUUGUCCUAACUGUCUGUAUCUUCAUAAACGCACAAGUAAGAGAAUAUGUGGACUGACUGUGGAGCAUUAUCUAAGUGGAAGAAAGAAAAUAAGCAGCUUGUUUUGAAAUGUACGUCGUUGUCUUUCUCUUUUUGUAUCGGAGGAAAUGUAACAUCAUGGAGGCAUUUGGGUUGUUCAUAGUUUGAAGGAUGUGACAUCAAUUACAUUUCAGAUCUCAAGAAUAAGACCCGUCAUAAUAAUAAUAAUAAUAAAGUCAAAUGUAUCCUUAAGGUUUCUUACAAGGUCACUCCAAGAUGUUAUGGGCUCCUCUUUGGUUUAAAACGACUACUUCCAACAAAUAUUGUAAAAAAUAUCAGUCGUUUUUUUUCUGUAAUUCUGCAAAUUAAACAGAGAAAAGAAGCCGGAAACAUCCUCGUUAGUACAUGAACAGAUCAAGAUAUAUAUAUUUAAUUGAGUAUUCAAACAAGUUUCAUUAAAUUCUGAGACGCUAUUCUUUAAUUCUGUAAACAAGAUGGAGAAAAGAAACCAAAAUCAUCCUGGUUCGAAGAGGUAAUAAAACAAAUUUGUCUUUUUUAAAUUCUAAAUCUAAUCAAACGUGUUCAGAUCUAGUAGUUAAAGUCUCAAAUUCAAAAUGUCUCUUUGUUAAAGUGGUUGUAUGUUUGAUCUCCUAUACAAAGAGAGGAAGUAAACACCGUACAGACUUUGAAUGGGAAAGUGACCUGGUAGCAACAUUUUCUUUAUUUAGUUUUACUUUAAGACCAUUUUCAGAGUUUCUGCUUCUUAAAAAAAUCAUAUAUUUUCCACCAUUUACAGCACUGAGCGCGUAUUCUCUUAUCACCUGGAUGAAUGUGUAGAAGUAACGUGUGCAAACAGCAGCGGUGGGUGCGUUUGAUUCGUGUCACUGCGAGGUGUUGAAUGUAGAUGUGCCAAUUGUGCUCGACCGCCACUGAGUUUUAACACAUUUUACAUAAAUGUUGGGGUUAAUUUAAGAUUGUAAGUUGUGUGAACGUCAUGUUAAACACCUGCCUUGUUCUCGCUCAAUAUUUAAACUAAUAUUGUGUUAUUGUCGAGUCGUUGAUGAAGAAAGGUUGGCUCACUUUGGACCUCACAGCAACUUAUGCCAAGGAAAAAGACGAUAUUUAAAAUGUCAUUAAAACAUUUAUUAUACAAAAUGCA